AUGGCCCUCAGAACAGUUCUCGUCACAGGCGCAACUGGCAAGCAAGGCGGCUCAGUCGUCGAUGCCUUACUUAGAGCGAAUGCACCCUAUGAGAUCCUAGCACUUACACGGGAUGCUCAAUCUUCAUCAUCCAAGAAGCUUCAGCAAAAGUCGCCGAACAUCAAGCUCGUAACUGGAAACCUCGAUGCAGUCGAUGACAUAUUCGAGACAGCCAAACAGUCGACAAAGGCACCGAUCUGGGGCGUCUACAGCGUUCAGGCCCUCAGCAAGAACGAAGAGAAACAAGGCAAAGACCUUUUAGAUGCCUCAAUCAAGAAUGGUGUAUCACACUUCAUCUUCUCUUCUGUGGACCGCGGCGGCGCAAACUCGGAUACAGACCCGACAGUCGUCCCACACUUCAUCACGAAGCACAACAUCGAGCAGCACCUCUUCUCUAAAGCUAGGAAAAGCGGCAUGACAUACACUGUCCUGCGCCCUGUAGCUUUCUUUGAAAACUUGACACCGAAUUUCUUCGGCAAGGUCUUUACAACGAGUUGGGCGAUCAAAAUGCCUAAGGAGCAGAAGUUACAGCUCAUCAGUACUAGUGACAUUGGAUUCUUUGCCGCUCAAGCAUUUCUCAAACAUGACGAUCCGGUAUACACGAACAAGAGCAUAUCGCUCGCAGGCGAGGCACUGUCCUUUCAGCAGUUCAAAGAAACGUUCGAGAAGAAGACUGGAGAGAAGCUUCCAAUGACUUAUCGAUUUGUUGGUGGGGUAUUGUUCUGGAUGUCGAAAGAGCUUGGAUAUAUGUUCAAGUGGUUCCGCGACGUGGGAUUUGGCGCGGAUAUUGAGGGGUGCAAGAAGGUGAAUCCGGGGAUGAAAGAUUUUUCGACUUGGCUUGAGACGGAAAGCGCGUGGAAGAAGAGCUGA